AUGAACCCAGUUCAAACUGAGGCGCAGGCUUCUCCAUCUUUCUCCCUCCUGCUCUUCACACCUAACCCAUCGCCACUCAUCCUAUCGCCCAUCACGAAAGAAGCCCCAACACAACUCGCGGAUGGCGAACGAACAGCUCUGUCAGUCGAUGACGUCGAUCGACUUGCCGCAAUACGGUCCUGGCCCAGGACACGGCUCAGGUAG